UGAAAUGAAAAUAAGAUAAACAAGUUGAUAGCAUUCCAAUUGUUUUCUUCAUUUUCUCCAUUAAUCUUUCAUCUUGAAAACAUGAAGCCGAGUUUGAAGUUCUUCUUCUGUGUUCUUUUCACUCUCUGCGCAAUUGAUCAAUUCAGAAAUGUUGCAGAAGCGCAAAAAGCUGAUCUUAUAACCUCAGCUUGUGAUGGUACUUUGUACAAGGAUCUGUGCAAAAAAACCCUUCAAUCUGACCCGGAGAGCCGUGGGGCUACUGAUAUUGGCGUGCUAGCCAAAGUUGCACUGCAGCAUACAUCAUCCCAGGCUAAGCAAAUUCAGGGCCAGCUCUCCAAACAGAAAGAUACAUCCCCUGCCUUUAAAGAUUGCAAUGCGAACUAUCAAGAUAUAAGUGGGCGACUCCAGGAAUCCCUCACGUCCUUGAAGUCUAAAAAGUAUAGUGAUGUAUUAACAUGGGUGUCUGCUGCAAUGACCAAUUCUGGUUCAUGUGAGGAUGGUUUGAAGGAAAUGGGCAAAGCCUCUCCCAUACUUAGCUUGAGUACGACAUUCAGCCAGCUCUGCAGCAUUGUCUUGGCGCUUACCAAUAAACUGGCGGGGCACUAAUCUUUUAGCUGCUCUCAUUAUUAUAUAAUAUCAAUCUCUUUUGAGAGACUGAUCAUUAUCUCAUUAAACUAGCUAAGCUUUGCCCAAUAAAAAUUAUUGGUCUGUGAAACUUUAUAGUAUCCUAAAGUUGGGAUAUUUUGCUUUGGUUUGUGUUCUAAGAAAUAUAAUGGGUUUUCUGGACUUCAGAUA